GAUCGGCUAAUGCUCUUACAGAGUCAGAGAAGCUCAUAAAUAGGAGAACGCUGGAAGCCUAUAAGAAGUCUAGACAUUCUGGAAGAUUGGAAUCAACAUGUUGGACAGUCUCACUACAGGCAGCAGCUCCUCUGGGUUCAUUACAGCGGCACCUCCCAGCACAAGUCUCAAAUUGGAAGCGGCUGACAUCGCUGUAGUUGUCGUCUACUUUAUCUUUGUCAUGGUGGUUGGAAUAUGGUCAUCAGUGCGAGCCAAUCGCAGCACUGUGGGGGGGUACUUCUUGGCUGGACGUUCAAUGACCUGGUGGCCUAUUGGAGCCUCUCUCAUGUCCAGUAAUGUUGGCAGCGGUUUGUUUAUUGGUCUAGCAGGAACAGGAGCAGCUGGAGGCAUCGCUGUUGGGGGAUUUGAAUGGAAUGCAGUGUGGGUCCUGGUGGCUCUGGGUUGGAUCUUUAUCCCUGUCUACAUUUCUGCUGGUGUGGUGACCAUGCCUGAAUACCUGGCCAAACGCUUUGGAGGCCAGAGGAUACGCAUAUAUAUGUCUAUUUUGUCACUCAUCCUCUACAUCUUCACCAAAAUAUCUACAGAUAUCUUUUCGGGGGCAAUGUUCAUCCAGGUGUCACUGGGCUGGGAUCUCUAUCUGUCCACAGGCACAUUGCUGCUGGUCACUGCUGUUUACACAGUGGCAG